CUGGGGCUCCAAUGGUUCACAGUCCCUGAUCUGCCAGUCCAGCCCUGUACAGGGUGCCCACCAUAUCCGAGUAGCCACGGUCACCAGGCCUAAGAAGCCAUGUGCUGGCUGCGGACAUGGGGCCAGAUCCUCCUGCCAGUUUUCCUCUCCCUUUUUCUCAUCCAAUUGCUUAUCAGCUUCUCAGAGAAUGAUUUUUCUCAAAUCUACAAUCGAAAGAACAGGCAGAAGCCCAAAGAUCUGAAUGAAGAGGCCUGUAAUGUAAGGAAGAAUUGCCAGUCAUGCACAGGAGAUAAGAAAUGUAUCUGGUGCAGCGAAGAAAGAAUUUGCAAAAAUUAUUGUUUUCCAUAUUUUGGGUGUCAACUCAGUUCUCUAUUUUGGUUAAACUGUAGAGUUGACAUGUUUGGAAUCCUGAUGCUUCUACUCAUUGCAAUAUUAGUAACAACACUCAUUUGGUAUUGCUGCGCCACUUACUUUUACAUGCAGGAAAAUCGAGUGUAUUUUCAUGGAAGAGGAGAAACAGUUCCUAUUCACAACUGGACUGCUACUGGCAAGUGUUUUUGUUAAUUUGCUAGUAUGUCCUAGACUUUCAGAAACUAACAGCUGGAAAUCUUUCUCUUACAUGUUCCAGAUACCAAAAUUAAAGUAUGAGUAGGAAACCUGACAACAGAUUUCAGUGUCCUUUUUUUUAAGAUAUAUUUUUGUAAUCUUGAUAGCUCAGCUAGGAUUGAUAAAACCAUGAUAGUGAUA